GUGCGUUUUAAGAUUUUGUCGUAGUGGCAUCAUUUAUUUGAGGUGCGCUGAGGCUGGUCCUAUUUGCUAAGUUCACUGGUUAUUGUGACACCAUUGUUCCCGUUUUUUGGUUACUUUUCAUUUUUGACGUAUAUAGGAAAAAAGGUGACGUAAUAUAACCGUUUGUGAAAGGGAGCUGCGUAGGGAAACCAGUCGAAACUCUUUGUUUCGUUUCCUAUGUCCGUUAUGGAUUCCCAACAGUACCUUAACACUAAUUACUUUUCGGCGAGUGAUUAUCGGGAUUAUUCGUUCCCUAUUCAUUCUACGGCAUACAUGAAUCCAGAAGGAAGCUUCUCUGGAACGUCUCAUCCUUCGGACGGCACGAGACCAGUGAGUUUACGGCACGGCCCUAAUCAUUCGUCUUCCAGUGUCUUACCUCCCAGUUAUUUUCAGUCUACUGUAAAAUACGGUCAACCAAGUUUUCCUUCCGAACUGGCAACGGUUCAUUCUGGGACAGACUAUGUGGAACAAGUUUAUCGUCCCAUUUCUAUUGUCGACUCCACAAACGGUGAUACUGUCGAUAUAUCUCAGCAAGAUGGUUUAAGAUAUCCUCUGGACAAGAUUUACUCAUAUUAUUCUACAAUAGCUGGUUCCAAGAGUAAUAAUUAUGAUGUAGCAACUAGUCUACAGACAAACUUAUGGAGAUAUCCAUGGUCGAAUGGUAUGGACGCCAGUCAGAAAGAGUCUUGGAUAUGGAGACUAGAACGAGAUAAUCAGUCUAUGCGAAAGGAGUUGGCAGAAUAUCGUAGAGAGAUAGAUCGAUUACGUUCUUUACUGAGUCAAGGAGAGUCGAAUCGGAUUCAGAAUAAUGACACGAGUCGUUCUCAGUCUAGAUACUGGACUCCAGAGGAGCAUCAAAGAUUCUUAGAAGCUAUCCAAAAAUAUGGUCAUAAGGAUGUGAAAGCCAUAGCAAAUUAUGUUGGAACCAGAAAUCGUACACAAGUUCGUACGCACGCUCAAAAAUAUUUCCAGCGCAUAUCUCGAGAGUUUCGAAAUUCUAAAACAUUCCGUGUUGGUAAGCGCUGUAUGAGUGAGCCUAAUUUGUAUGGUAUGGAACUUCAAUCUUGUUCUUCACGUUGUGGAGUUUCUUUGGAUGAGGAAAGUGGUGAAGACAGUGGUUCCAAUGCACAAGAUGACGAUAAGAUGGAUAUGAAUUCUAGUGGAAAGCCUCCUCCUGCACCUCCUUCAGGAAUUGAUUUACUCUCAGCUGUAGCUUCCACUUGGAAACUUCCCCAUAACUAACUUUGAGCCAUCAAUAAACUUGUCUGUUAUAUU